UUCAGUCACGAUUUCAGCGCAUUUAAGAACAGAUAUUCCAAUAAUGAUUUAUCCCAAAACGAUUAUCUUUUUAUCAUUACACUUUUGCGCAUUCUUUUGUUUUGUUUCAGAUUUCUUGUCACGAUUGUCGUUAUUGUCUCUAUUGCCACCGUCAGCGAUAUCACGCCUGACAUAUAUGGUAUUCUAAUAGAUCUAAUAUUUUUCUAGAUGUUAAAUGUAUUAAUUCUUCGUCCAUUAACCCAUUCCAUUUUUCUCAGAUUGCUGGACAUCUGCCGCGGCGGACUGGAGCGAGAGAACCGCCUCAACCUGUGCCUGGUGUUCGAAUACGUGAAGCAGGACCUCGACCAGUACCUCAAGCGAUGCCCCUCACCCGGCCUCGAGCCAGCUAGAAUUAAGAGCUUGAUGCACCAGAUUCUGUGUGGCAUAGACUUCCUGCACAGUAACCGCGUGAUCCACCGAGACCUGAAGCCACAGAAUAUACUGGUGGAUGAGGGAGGCAGAGUUAAAAUCGCCGAUUUCGGCCUCGCGAGAAUAUACGAUUUUAAUAUGAGAUUAACAACUAUGGUAGUGACAUUAUGGUAUCGAGCUCCAGAAAUCCUAUUAAGCAACAGCUAUGCUACUCCAGUCGAUGUCUGGUCUUGCGGGUGUAUAUUUGCAGAGCUGUUUAGACGAAAACCUGUGUUCGAAGGACACACCGAAGGAGACCAGUUGCAGAGGAUAUUCGAUGUCAUCGGGACGCCCCACGAAAGUGACUGGCCUCGAGACGUGUCCCUGAUGCGCAAUAACUUCCGGCACCACCAGGGCAGGCACCUCAGAGAUGUCGUCCCUGAAAUCACCGACGACGCUGCAGAUCUGCUUCAGAAAAUGCUGAAGUUUGUCCCAAGUAUCCGCAUUCCUGCAGUAGAGGCGCUCCGACACCCCUAUUUCCAGGGGCUGAUCACUCCCCGCAUCAUAGCCACGAGUAACAGGUCAACACCCACACAGCAGGUUCUAAGUCCAGCUCCCCUUGCCACCAGUAGUCCUGCCAACACCCACCAUCACCACCAUCAACGGCAUGUUGCAACGAGCACCACCAAUACUUCUGUUGCCACUUCGGAAAGUAUCUCAGGACAGGCAGUUUUACCUGCACAGGUAACUGCGAAUGAUGAAAAUAAUCCUAAUGCAGGAAAUAGUGCCAAUACAAAUCCCAUAGUAUCAAGAUUGCCCGAGCCCAAAGUUGCUGAACGUGCCAUUACAACCACUAACUCUUCAGUGACAGAAACGACCUCCACUACGACAGUGGCAACAGUGAGUAGCGGUGGUCUCCCUCCCACCAGCAGUAGCUCAAAUCCUGUGGAAUAAUGAAAGUUUUAAUUACUGGGAGCAUAUAUCUAUGGAAAUCUUAUGUUGUAAACCUAUUGAUUAUAAUAUAUUUUUUUCUGAGUGAUGUUGACUUUUAUGCCAGAAAUUCAAGAUACUAUUUGAUGCAGAAGUUUUUAUAUACUUUAGUUCAAGGACUAUUGAGAAAGAAAAAAAGCUUCAGACAUUGGAAAGUCUGCAGCAGUGGUGAAUCAAGAGUUGACUUAGAGUGCCUGAUGUGUGUGUAUUUUUCUAAAUCAGCGUAAGAAAAAAAAAAUAGUGCCUUGUGUUUGUGUGCUACUUGGAUGUUAAGGAGUGUAAUAACCACUGUAGGAGUCUUUUUACUCCAUAUUAUGCUUAUUAGAAAGUUCCUUUUUGUAGUGUUGCUUGAUGUGAACGUUCCAUGAAAAGUCAGUAUACGGCUGAAACUAACAUCAAAAGCAUUCCCUCUGGCAUUCCCGAGAGAGUAAAAAAAAAAAAAUGUUAGUGAGUGGUGCUUAUUGAGUGAUGUAAUGUGGCAGUUUAUUAGACACUUAUUAAGGCAACAAAUAUUGCUUUAUUUUACUUGCUGGUCUCUCUGGCAAACCUCAGAACUGAAGAUGACAGCUUAAAAAUCUGUUAAGAAAAUUAAGAGGCUCAAUUGGUCAAAUAAUGUAUACCAAUGAAGGGAAGACCAAACAACACAGUGCACGUGUUUUGUACUGACAGUAUCGUUGGUGCAAAGAAGUUGUUUACAAAAAAAUAUUAGAAUGGAUUAGAUUCAAAGGAAAAUUUGAUGUUUAUUGGUACUUAUGUGGUUUGAAGAGUGAUUAAGAACUCAUUAAGAACCAAAUUUUUUAUCCAAGAUUGUAACUGAUUAUGAUGUAAUUUAUCCCUCUUAUAGACAAGAUAGGUGUUUGUUGAAGACAAUGACCCUAUCUUUUUUAGCAAUCCAAAUUUAAGUAAUUAAAGAUAGAUAAUCUACACUUCUCAGUGGAAUUGGGUGGUAGUAACUGUAAUUACACAGUAAUGUGGAGUAAAGCAUUAAAACUUUCUAUUAGCAACUUUAUGACUGCUCAGAGGCGUGCAUAUCAUAAACAAUGCAAGUGUGUAUCGUUUUAUAACUGAACUUUUUUUUUUAUUCUCUUAUUAUAAUUGCAACUUGUCUUGGUCCUUGAGAAGCUUGUGUCAUGUAUGAUUGCCAUUCAAAUUAAUGUCCCAACAGCGUGAUUUGACCUCAAAGCCCUUUCAACAGCAGAUGAGUGUAAAUGUUUCAUGUAUCAUUUUUGCUUUAGCAUGUCAUCAUUAGAAACAUAACCCUGAGUCAUUAGGAUAGAAAAAAAAAGUCAUUUUUUUCUAGAUGCAAAUGAAAAGCUGAUGCCAGAUCAGUAUCAAGUAUUUUUUUUGUCGUAAAUCUGUUACACAUUAGAUUCUUUAACUUUGUGGCUGUACAAUGAUUGCAGAAGUAUUCACAUUAGAUAUUUGCAUUUGGUUGACGCAUUGUAAUGUUGAGUGAUAAAAAGUAUUGCGGCACUGUCAUGUCACGCUGCAGACAGUAUGUGCACCACAAUUGACUUACUAGAAUAUAAAGAAAUAUGGUAUGUAUCCAAAACCAAUGACAGUCUCUGACAUUAGUCAGCUUACACGGUAAUUUAUUCAAACAGAAGUUGCAUAUUAUGCUAAGAUAUUGCUGGGUUGAAGGUAGGAGGAGUGUCUCUCUUGUAGAUGCACGCAGUAGAGUUAGACAAUGCACCCCAAGCUCUCUUCAGACCCAUACAUUUACCUGAGGUUAUUGCCAAUUAUUGUAAGUAAGUCAGGUGGUUUAGGUCCUACUUAUUUAUCUUACAGUUGUGAGUGUUUUAUCAUUCUUUAUUUAUAUGCAUGUACAUGGUGAGUGGUGUUGAAUAUCUGAACAGUAUGAAGAAAGCAAUUAAGAAAGACAGACUGUUGACAUUUUGAGUGAUACAUUGGUUCAAGGAGAAGCAUUUCUCUCACCGUCAAAAUGUCUUAGGCUUCAGCAGUAGCGUUUAAUUAGUGUAGUAUAAUCCAGCUUCUGCAUUUGUUGUAUUCAUUCACAUUAAUCACUCAUUAGUUGGUGUUUAGUCAUUGCUGGCUGGUUGUCUUUGUUUUAUGUAACUAAUUAAUUAUUUUGUUCAUUUAUCACCUAAGAGUAUUUAUGGUUAAUAUAAUUCAGUACCUUCGUACAAGAUGCUGUUUAGAGUCCCUUUCAUAACUUUUUUUUUUUUUUUUUUUUUUUUUUUUUUCUUCAAUAGUAGAAUUCGGAUCGUCCCCCUCGCCUCUCUCUUCUCUUCUUGUUCUUUUCUCUUAUCCUUGUACCAGUUCGUAUCUUUAUUCCUAGUCUUAUUCCUAUUCCUAUUUUUUUAUUCCUAUCCUUGUCCUUGCUCCUCCUCUUCUUCCUUCUGCCGUUUUUUCUUUAGAAAGUCUCGCUAAAUUCUUGCUUUUGCUCCUUCCCAUACAUAGAGUCCUGUUUAUCUGCAUCUAUACAGAGAAAGUAUGCACAAAGAUUUAACAUAGUUUUCUUUAUAAGAAAGCUGACACUUUGCAAAGGACGGAAGAAAUGUCUUUGGAGGAGAGAUUUCUGUUUUGCUGAUUGCGAGAGUUUAGGAUAUAUGUUGGUUAUUAUUCUGUGUUUAAGCAGUAGAUGGACUUUGUUAUAUAAAUAUAUGUAUGUACAUGUAUGUGUGUAUAUGUGUGUUUAUAAGUACACGUACAUGUCCACAUGCUCACACACACACACAUGCACACUCACAC